AUGGCUGGGGACACCGGGAUGGCCGGGAAGGUGGCACUGCUCCUGUGGGCCCAGACCCUUGGCCUCACUGGUGCCCAGACCACCCAGCUCCUCGUGGAUCCCCCCUGGAGGCCGGCAGUGCUGUGGGACCGGGUGACACUGACCUGCCAGGGCUCGGGGACCACCGGUGCCACCACCUGGUACAAGGAUGGGCAGCACUGGGGACAGCAGGGACGAGACCGAAUCACUGUUACCGAGAGUGGCACCUACACGUGUGACAGACCUGGCAGUGGGCUCAGCCCCCCCGUGAGAGUCUUAGAUGACUGGCUGGUGCUGCAGGUGCCAGCACAGGCACUGCUGGAAGGGGACACGCUGACACUGCGCUGCCGGGGCUGGCAGGACAAUCCAGUCACUGAGGUCCGAUUUUACCGUGAUGUGCCGGAUCUGGGGGCAGCCCUCAGGGGGACCGAGCUGUCCCUGUCCCCUCUGCAGCUGAACCACAGUGGCAGUUACCACUGUGAAGGCUUGGUGGGGUCAUGGCUGAGAAGGUCAGCAGCAGUGACUGUGACAACUCAGAGUUACCAUCCUCACCUCUCCUCUCCUGCCCUGAGCUCUUCUUGUUGCUGGUGCUGACUCUCAGCUGCCAGCCCCUUGCAGCUCCCAGCCCCCUUCCUGCACGUGUUGUACCAGGAUGGGCAGGUGGUGGGGGGCCUGCAGGGUUCCCUACAGCUGCUGGUGCCCGCCAUGGGGGUUGCCUACUCAGGGAAUUGCAGCUGCAAGGUGCGCUCCGAGGGGGGGCUGUGCAGAAGAGCAGCACCCAUCUCGGCGUCACGGUGCGCAGUGAUGCCCGUGGCCAAUGCCACCAUCACCCCCGGUCCCCUGGGACACCAGGUACAUGCAGGUGACCCCGUGACCCUGCACUGCUCGGUGCAGGUGGGCUCAGCCCCUGUCACCUUCACCUGGCUGCACAACGGGCAGGAGGUGGCCCAGGGUCCCCUCCUGGAGCUUGGGGAUGUUGAUGUGGGACACUCGGGCACCUACCAGUGCAUGGCCACCAACCAGCUGGGACAGGACGGGCACCGCAUGUUCCGGGCACUCAGCCCAGAGCUGACCCUGGAGGUGACACCGCAGGGACACAGGAACACAGUGGCUGCAGGGGUCGGUGGGGCCCUUUUGUUCCUGGUCCUGCUUGUGGGUGUCAUUGUGGCCUGGCACCGGUGGCACCAAGUGGGUGCCAGGAAGCACCAGGAAAGGGCCCCUCUGGAUCCCCCAGCUCCCCCAGAGGAGGGGGAGGUGCUGUACACCCACAUUGUUAUCACCCAGAGGACAGGGGCGUCCCCCCGUGCCACCACACUCCAGGAUCCCCAGGUGACCUACGCGGAGCUGCGGAGACCACAGGGGUGA